CUCGGGCGGCCUGCGGACGGACGCGCGGGCCGAGGCGCCGGCCCCGCGCCCGCCGUCUCCCCCCCCCACCCCCUCCCGCCGGGUCCCGGGCCCGCGCCAUGGCCGCCUCGCCGGGCUCCGGCAGCGCCAACCCGCGGAAGUUCAGUGAGAAGAUCGCGCUGCACACGCAGCGGCAGGCCGAGGAGACGCGGGCCUUCGAGCAGCUCAUGACCGACCUCACCCUGUCGCGGGUCCAAUUCCAGAAGCUUCAGCAGCUCCGCCUUACACAGUACCAUGGAGGAUCCCUACCAAACGUGAGCCAGCUACGGAGCAGUGCACCGGAGUUCCAGCCGUCCCUGCACCAGGCUGAUAGCACGCGCGGGACCCGCCACCACGGGCUGGUGGAGAGGCCCGCCAGGACCCGCUUCCACCCGCUCCACCGACGGCCUGGGGACAAGCCAGGACGACCCUUUGAUGGUAGUCCUCUCGGAGCCAGUUACUCCCCACAGCCUCUGGAUGAGAGUUGGCCAAGGCAGCAGCAUCUUUGGAAAGAAGAAAAGCACCCUGGGUUCAGGCUGACCUCUGCACUUAACAGGACCAAUUCUGAUUCUGCCCUUCACACGAGUGCUCUGAGUGCCAAGCCCCAGGACCCCUAUGGAGGAGGGGGCCAGUCGGCCUGGCCUGCCCCAUAUAUGGGUUUCUGUGACGGUGAGAACGAUGUACACGGGGAAGUGCUGUCUUUCCCUGGCCCACUGAAGGAAGAGAGCCUGCUAAAUGUCCCCAAGCCACUGCCCAAACAGCUGUGGGAGACCAAGGAGAUUCAGUCCCUGUCAGGGCGCCCUCGGUCCUGUGAUGUUGGAAGCGGCAGUGCUUUUCCACAUAAUGGUCAAAACAUAGGCCUCUCACCCUUCCUGGGGACCCUGAAUACCGGGGGGUCACUGCCAGACCUAACCAACCUCCACUAUUCCCCGCCUGUGCCAGCCUCGCUGGACACCAAUGACCACAUCUUCGGUAGUAUGAGCGUGGGGAAUAGUGUGGGGAGCCUGCCAGCCGCCAUGACUCACCUGGGCCUCAGAAGCUCUUCCGGCCUCCAGGGCUCUCGGAGCAACCCCUCCAUCCAGGCCGCACUCAGCAAGACUGCACUUUCAUCCUCCGCCAACAGCCACCCACAGACACCAGCCCCCAGCGCCUCGGCCCUGCACCCCUCCCUGCGGCUCUUCUCCCUCAGCAACCCGUCUCUCUCCACCACGGCCCUGAGCGGCCCCGCGCGGCGGCGGCAGCCCCCGGUCAGCCCCCUGACGCUGUCCCCGGGCCCCGAAGCGCAUCAGGGUUUCUGCAGACAGCUGUCGGCCAGCAGCCCUCCCAACCCCUAUCCUGCCGCCCAGAUGGUGUCCUCAGAUCGAAGCCCACUCUCCUUCCUGCCCACGGAAGCUCAAAGCCAGGUGUCCCCGCCGCCCCCUUACCCCACCCCCCAGGAGCUCCCCCAGCCCCUCCUGCAGCAGCCUCGUGCCCAGGAGCCACCCACUCAGCAGCCCCAGGUGGCCCCCUCCCUGCCUCCCUCCGGCUUCCAGCUCCUUACCGCCCAGGGUUCACCUGUGACCAGCUUCUUCCCCGAUGUGAGCUUUGACCAGCAGUCCAUGAGGCCAGGCCCGGCCUUUCCUCAACAGGUGCCCCUGGAGGAACAGGGUCCGCGAGAACCACAGGACGCGUUUCACUUGAGACCAAACCUGUAUUCCAACUGCGGGAAUUUCCCCAACCCCAUCCUGACAGAAGACUCAAGUGCCAGCCUGUUCAAAGACCUCAGCAGUGCGCUGGCGGGCACCCCCGAGGUCCGCCUGCACACGGACACUCCGUUUCCUCUGGAAGAAGAGCUCCAGAUCGAACCCCUGAGCCUGGACGGACUCAACAUGUUAAGUGACUCCAGCAUGGGCCUGCUCGACCCCUCUGUUGAAGAGACGUUUCGGGCUGACCGACUGUGAACAGAACAGACCAGGACCAGGAGAAUUUCUCUCUGAAGGAGCCGAAAUAGGACGGCACAGAAUGGAGCCAGCUACCCCCCUCCCCCCACCGGGCUUGCGUUAUCUCGGGCUUCUGACACGGAAGGAGCCAGUUUUGUGACUUCUGGCUUUGCGUCUCCUACGCAGUGGCUUGUUCUAGACCAGAGAGCCGUGCACGGCCUCUCAGGCCUGUGGCGAGGGUUAUGCUCUGCAGGCCUGCGCCCUGGGGCCUCCAACGACUCGGUCAUGACCAUGACCAGCGCCUCUCCUUCUCUGCCCUCUAGUCGGUCCACAUGUACAAGUAGAAAAGAACCCUGUGACCGGGGGGGCGGUCGCCUGGUGCUGUGCCCAGAACCACUGAUGUCAGUCGACACUGAAGAACAGCCCGGAGCGGUGGCGGCUAGGGGCCAAGGGCCUUCAGGAGCUGGCUCAGCUGCGAGCGACGGCACCACAGCGCCGCGAUGCCACCCCCGCCCUCGCCUUCCGGCCAAGCACCUGCCAGCCGGUGGCGGCCGGUCCCGGGACACGGCAGACGGCCAUCAUCUCGGAGAUGCCUUAAUUCCAAUAUGAAGAAUUCUUCCCAGGAUUUCAAGCACAGACCCGAGUUUCACAAACUGAAUGCUCAUUUGUCUUCUCCAAGUAUGUAAUCUCCUUUCUGCUGCUUCGGGACACCUUCUCCUGUGGACGAGGGGGAAAGGGAGGACUAUUUUAUUCAGUCACUGAAAACAAACAAAAAUCCCCUGGUAAUGGACGAGCCCGAAAAGAGGAAGGUGCUUCCUCUUGACGGCUGAGGUGGAAAGCGAGGAGGGCGAGACAUGCAAUGUCUUCCAGACGAGCUCCAGACAGGCGCCGGCCUCCCCCUCCGCAGGAGGGAGCGGCUGGAGGUGUGAGCAGCGGGGAUGGGGGGUGGGGGGGUUCUGUGUGCCGAGGGGGUGUGAACGUAGCCCCGCUAGGCCGUAAGCGCCCCGAGUGCGGGGACCGUGCCUUAUUCAUUAUGAGACCCCUAGUUCCUAACAAGGGCCAGCACUCCGUAGGUGCUGCGUAACUGCGCAUUGAAUGCACAAACGACUGAACGGAGGAAUGAAUGAAUCUGCCUUGCCGCGAGGCAGUCUAAUCUUCCGCGUGUCCCCCUUCCCUGCAAAACCUCAGAGCUUUAGCUUUUUGGGGAACACUUGUGCCUGUGCAGCGUGCACUUUAAUAUGCUUUUAACACUAGGUGACCAAAUCCACGAUGAGACCGCGCGCCCCAGUCUCCUCGAGGGUGUGCACCGCAGCAGGUGGGCAGAGCCUAUCUCCUGAGCGCCACCGAAACUGGGGCUUCCCAUGCACUGGGACCUCGGGGAGCCCGGCAUCGUUAGUCGUUAGUACCUUAGCAUAAAGUAGCAUUAGUGGGUUUCCACCACUGCCGGCCUCCUGACCCAGCCCCUGGCCACCCACCUGACGGGUGGGCUUGAAGAGCACCUCUGGGGACAGGCCUGGGCAAUGGGGCAGAACGUGGGCAUGGCAGGAGGGGCAGGGAGGGGAGAUGAAAGACGCUGGAGCGUUUGCCGGGAGAGCCACGGCCUUCCAGGAGACGCCCGCAGAGUCGAUGAAGAUCGCCCAACUGCUCCCACCCGCGGCAGCACGGCCGCCCCACGACGAGAGGCGUCUGAAAUGGGAUCCUGGGCUGUUAACCUCUGCAGACCUCAUCCCGUUUCUGUUUCUAGAAGGAUCGCCUCACCUGCUGUCUUUCAAAUAACCCGAUGGCACAGCUCCCUCUGUGGGGCCCGAGUCCCCUGCUUCACGUUAGCGCUGAAUCCUGCCGUUGAAUUAGGUAGUGCACCAGGGUCCCUGCCCGAGCUCCAGGCCCCCUUCCCAGUCAAAUUGGGAUCCCCAGGGUCUCAGGAGGUGGGUGACUCUUUGUGAAAGCACGAGCCCUUUCCCUGUGAUGCUCCACAGUCCCCAGCGUGCCGGAGAAGCCGGCUCCAUGCUGCCUGCCCUGUGCCACAGGCCCCCCGAACUCUGACCUGGCCUCUCAGACGGGGAUUGGGGAUUGGUACCCAUGUUAGGAGUUUGGUUUUUAGAUUUUGGUUUUUUUUUUAGGUACCAGCAUCACCCACUCUUGGCAUAGUGCCUUACCUGUGGGGCUGGGGGCCCCAGCCCUCUGUCUGCAUGGCAGUCCUGCCUUAUAGCGGGGUGCCCGGGACCCCCUUGGUGCCAAUCUGCCGUCCCUGGGGCACUCUCCCUGUGACUGGUGCAGACAGAGGCUCCCGGCAAAAGUGACUAGUCUGAGGAGCAUAAUGAUGACAGUAAGGGUUAGCACUGAACUAAAUUUGUCCUUCGGUCCACCAGCCCAGCCUUUUCCCAUGAAAAGGUUUUGGGCAUUCUACAACUCACUUGCUUAGUGAGCAUCAAGGACACCCACGGGCAGGUGUUGCUCUGACCUUCCGCGCGUCAGCCCGCACUCAUCGCUGCCUUUGCAACAAGCCAGGCGAGGCCCUCGGCAUCUGAAGUGGCUGCGUACGUCAGAUUGAACUAUCUUCCAAUAUUUAGUCUCGUUACAGGAACCCGAUGGCUGUACUCUUCUCAUUUAUUAGCAGUUAAACAGUGUAGAGCUAAAAACCUAUCUGUGUUCCAUUUUUUUUUCUUUCCAUUACGGUUCUGGUUUCUAGGACACACGGUGUUAGGAGAAACAGUUUUUGAUCACGGCAAGACCAACAUGAAUUCUCCUUUGUCCGAUCUCACGUCUCCCAAGUCUACUGUAUAUUAGCCGAGCUGAAGCCUUGCGUGCCAGCCCUUCACACAUUCGAAGACCUUUCCGGCUCCGCCUCCGGCUGGCUCUGCCAUGCAGACCGUGCCGUUGCUUGGCAAAGGAGCCCUCACAGCAACUAAUCAGACUUCCUGCCAGUGUCCUAACUCCCAGGUCCCUUGUUAAACAAUAUUUAAAGAUUGGAAUUUGUAUAAAGUAGCUUCCAAGUUUUAUAAUACGUCGUUUUACAUCUUUCGUAAUUAAAAGCAGCACAAUAAGGUUGUA